UUCACCACAAUUGAAAGGAGAAGAGAAAACGCAAGAUUAAUGUAAGAACGACAAAACGAAAUCGUACCGAUCAGUUAAAUCUAGAUUUUUCUUUUUUGUUUUCGUUCAUUUUUGUAUUACUGACCAUUUUUAAUUAUCAAGAUGAUUGAUAUAAUCAAUUUGUAAUUGAUAAAUCAAUCGUUUCAAAUGAAAAUCUGCCAUCUUGAAGAAACAUGCACAUAGAUCUUUGUUGUUUGUGCAUGAUCAAGUUGAAAGCAGUUAAUAAUCGCAUAUACAGAUUUUUCGAAAAUUCUAAAAUCGCGCAUUUCGUGAUCCGCCUGCAAUGCAACUAGGCGAUCGUGAUGGUUUUCGAAGUUCAAGGAUGAUGGUGAUUAUAGUUUUAACAUUGAGAUAAAACAAUGUCAAAACCUAGUAGCUCCAAACAACAUGAACAGAAACUUGACUCUACAGAGUCUGCAAAGACUUGUCAUUUGCGCAAUGCUCAGCUACAAGAAUCAUUCAAUAAUUGGAUGCAUUGUUUAUGUAUUGUCACAUUUGAUCUUGAAUUGGGACAAGUUAUUGAGUCUAUAUAUCCCAAUGAUGCUGAACUCUCAGAGCAAGAAAGAUCUAAUAUUUGUUACUUGGCAUUUCCUGAUUCUAACUCUGGAUGUAUGGGAGAUACACAGUACCAUGUGAGAAUAAGAAAAAGUAGCAGCAGUAAAAAUAAUAAAGAGACUAGAGCACUGAGGGAUUAUGAUAGAAAAUCACCACUAUUUUUACAGAUUGAUAAAGAUUAUUACUGGGGAUCUGUAUAUUUUCGCCAAGUUAAAGAUAGAAAUCUUCCACGAGGAUACUUCCAAAAGAGCAUAGUGAUAGUUACAAGGCUCCCGUUUGUCAAUUUAUUUAGUGAAUUAUGUGCUGUAAUUGCUCCAGAAUAUUUUGAUAGUAAUUCAGUUUGCAUGGAGAGAGUUAUUCAAGAAAUAAGUAAAUGGCCUCCUCCUGUUCCUGGGCAAGUAGUGCAUUUACCUUUACUAGGAGUACUUUUUCAAACUUACAUUCCAAAUCAUGUCUUUAAAACAGCAGUGCCAAAUGUUGCAGCUAUAGACUGUGCACCCAACAAAGCUGCUUUAGCUCGCAGUUUGAUUUUAACACCUGCUUUUGAUGGAAAUAUGUUCAAGAGCUUAUCUAGUGUAUUAGGUCACAUUCAUUUGUUAUGGGAACUCGUUCUAUUAAGCGAACCCAUCGUUGUGAUGGCUACUUCACCAACAAUUUGUUCUGAAAUUGUUCACAUUCUAACUGCGAUGAUUGCUCCACUGAAGUAUUGCGCUGACUACCGACCUUAUUUUACCAUUCAUGAUUCAGAAUUCAAAGAAUAUACAAUGGAUAGUCAAAGUCCACCUGCCUGCAUUCUAGGUGUUACUAAUCCUUUCUUCGCCAAAACUUUAAGGCAUUGGCCACACAUUGUCAGAGUAGCUGAGAAUGGAGGAUCCAUUGGAGAUAGUCCAAAGUACAAAUCAAAAAGAUCUGAAGGUCUCAAAGUGUUGGAGUCAAAACCAGGACUCUAUACUCAGUACAAACCUUUUUUACAAAAAGACAAAGUUAUAUUGAAAAAAUUGAUGAAAGGAGUACAAACAAAGAGACCAGGAGAGGUACAGACUGCUUUAUUGAAGCGCCACUUAUCUGAAUUGACUGAAAGUUUCAUGAUACCACUAGAAAGAUAUAUAGCCAGCCUCAUGCCCUUACAAAAAACUAUUUCACCUUUCAAGGCUACUCCUAUACCUCAGCUUUUUAAUCCCGAUGAUUUCCUGGCCACUUUGAACAGUUCUGGGCCUCAUCUGACUACGGGAAUCAAAGGUGAUUGGGUUGGUCUUUAUCGUCGAUUUUUUAGGUCUCCUAACUUUUCAGGAUGGUUUCAAUCAAGAUAUUUAGAGCUUACAAAUAAAUUGCAAGCAAUUCAAUUGGAAGUUCUUUCUCAAACGGAUUUGACUGGUUGGGUUCAAGAUAAACAAGAAGUUGAAGUUGUUGAUAUGGUUUUAAGAAUACGACAAAAAUUGGAGAAAAGUAAUCUCGAUGAUAUACCUUUAGAAUACUCUGUUCAAGAAAUGUUACGUGAACGCAUUAAUGAGAUCACGCAAACGUUGCCACAUGAUCUGCAAACAAUUUUAAACAAAGAAUCUUGACA